UUCAUGUUCGCGAGAAUGGAAUUGACGGUAAAGAGCAAGAUUUGAUAACCUCUGGAGGACCUGAAUCAGAGACUAGCAGCCGAUCAGUUGAAUUCGAACGGAAUGGGAAUAAUAUAUCUGAAUUUGAUGAAGCCACUCUUCUCUUCACUUAUGAGCUUAUAACUGCAUCUACUGCUACUUGCAUCCAGAUCUUGACUCGUGUUGUUACCGAUAUGCCCGGUAUUAUUGCUUUAUAUUUAUAA